UCUCGACGAGCCUGCUGUUCGUCGCCUACAUGGUGUCGCUGUACCGGCAGCACGGCUUCCUAGAGUCUAUCAACAGGUCUCUGGGAUUCGACGUGGCACCUGCUUCGCCCGUCGUGGAGUUCAUGGCCAUGCUAAGCUUCGGUCUGAUCCUACUCUUCGAGAUGAUGUCCUCCUGGCUUGCGAUAAAGGCAACCACACUGGAAAGUCGCUGGCUCCUGUUACCCUUCAUAGGACUCACGACUUGCGGCAUCGUAUCCCCAGCACUCAUGUCGGCAGUUAUCAUGCUCUCCAGCCAACGCUUCCAUACUGCACCGUUACCCCUCACCGCCCUAACACCCAUCUUUUUCAUCCUGCUGACAAGGACGUACUUCCUGCUGCUGAGCGUGGCCUACUACCGGGAGCUCCAGGAGCGUGAGUCGCGUCAGGAGGAGACCCUGCCGUCAGUGGCGUCCCAGGUGCCGCAGGUGCAUGUCAAUGACCUGCCACUCCACAAGCGACUGACACCCAUCGUGCUCGACUACCUGCAGAAACCGCCACCGUACGAAGGAUACGACGACGAGACGCGCGUACCCGAAGACGCCAAGAGUGGAAUAGGCAUGCGUCUGUACAUGUGAACAUGUACGAUCUAAGGGCUUGUAGCUUCGCUCGUCUUUGAAAUGAGGGAAAGAACGCAGACGAUGACAUAGCAUGCGAAUUUUUGUACAUAGCUCUUGAAGUACACUGCUUGAUCUCAGCGUGUGCCACGCCCAGAACUGUAUUCGAGCAAACCUUCACCGGCUGCCACGAAAGGUCCGUCGAGGUCGAUUUUGAAGGGAUUCCUGGAUCUUCAUGUGAUAUUUAGAAAAAAAAAGGGGGGGGGGGGUUGGCGUGAUUUAUAGCGCUAUGUACUCUACUACGGGCGAACUGUACUCAGCUGUCCCCAUCAGCGGACCCGAAGAGAAUAGUAGAAGAUGCAGACCUCGACUAUCGAUUGUUCUUUACUAGCAAGGCCCUUUCAGCUCGGCUGUCGGAUCUUUGAAGUAAAAAUUGGGAUGCCAUUCGUGAACAUUCGCGCAAGACCAGUUUUAGAAUGAUUUCGAAGAAAGUACAAAAAACGCAGAAGAUGCAUCACAAUCGAGUGUGGUACUACCACUGUAGAUGAUUUACUAAUGCUGAAUCAAAAACAUUUAUUUAAUUCGAUGAAACUUCAGAAAAGUACAGCGAAAGACGUCUAACAUAGGUUUUCCAUGAGAAAAAUCCGCUUUCCAUUGACCAUGGAUGACGUCACUAAGCUAUGAUUACUCAUUUGACCUCUAUAAUAUAAUAAUUGUUGGGGUUUAACGUCCCAAAACCACCAUAUAUAUGAUUAUGAGGAACGCCAUAGUGGAGGGCUCCGGAAAUUUCAACCACCUGGGGUUCUUUAGCGUGCACCUAAAUCUAAGUACACGGGACUCAAGCCUUUUCGCCUCCAUCGAAAAUGCGGCCGCCGCGGCCGGGAUUCAAUCCCGCGACCUUCGGGUCGGCCGUCGAGUGGACCUCUGUUAUAUGCUCCGUGAACAUUCACAUAACGAUGUACGAAUAUUUAGGCUUACCGAGGGAUUUCUUUCGUCUGACAGACGUGAAUGUUGGUUCAGGUUCGCUCGAAGAGUUCUGGGCUCACAUCGACGUAGCUAGCUAUGUUUUUUUUUUUUUUUGCCAGGUUUCUCACUUGGGCACUAACAAGAGUUGAGUUCGUCAUGCGUGCAUUUUCUUUUUAUAUACUUUGCCAUUGUAGGUAGUAACCACAUGCAUCAUAUUUUCCGACGCUUUUGAACGUGACGUCAUUACUGCGCGUCAGCGUGUCCUUCUCUCGCUGUACGCUGACUAUAUACUGUCAUCACAGCCGAAACGUACUUGACAGCAGACGAAAUGUGUGUACCGUGAUUCCCAUGGUUCAUACGUGAUGGCAGCGCGUACGUGCUAUCGCGCGGCCGCACAUGUCGAGGUCACGCUUGACGUCAGAAAUACGUUGCCUUUGGUCACCGUUUUUGUUCCGUUUCUUAUUUCUUUUCUUCUUAUUCUUUUUUUUUAAUCUUCAACUCAUCCACCACUACGGGCUUUCGAUGGGCAUCACUGAACCUACAAAUGAAGAAAUUGACUACCGCAUUUGUUCUCUAUGCAAAGCCUUGCCUCUAUUGGUAGACGUACAGUUGCACGCGUUCCACUAUACAGGCUGCUCCCAUGUGUUAGCUAUGUAUACGCUCUUUUCUGUUCGGGUAGCGCCAUUAUUUUUCUAGACGAAUCGUUGCUAAGGUGUCGUCUCAAAGCAUUAUCUGCAUGCUUACCCCUUUUAUCCUUAGCCUAUAUACAAGUGGGUGCUUCACAUUACGGAGACGCGGAUUAAGUGCACUGGAACUCUGACUUGAUGGUAAACCAGCACCAAAUGAUGGGACAAGUGAAAAAGCGUGAAAGAUAGGGCGGUUGAGCGCAGAACAGGGCCAUCUCGAUAGCAGGGUGAGAGCACAGACCCGCACAGUGGGCGUACGUGCGGUACCGUCUUUCAGUGUGAGUCAGCGUGAGCCCACACUGUGGAAGCACGUUAUAGCUACGAGUUUACAGUGUGCUUCUUUACACCUAGGCUCGGCUGAAGUGUUGUGAUGUUUUAGGCCACCCUUAGUGACGUCUGGAGGAUGGCUUAAAAUUUCUUGCUGCGUAUGUUUUGGUAUUUAUUUAUCAAUUUUUCUUGCUCCGCUCGUUAUUCUGCCAGGCCACUGGUCAUGUGCUCGCAGCGUAGUCGCCGCAUAUCACUUUGUAGCUUCAUCUGCUUGCGUUGCCCAUUGCACUCCUGCGCAUUUCUUGUGCGGUUACAUCAGUCAAAGCUUCAUUUUUAAAUUUCGCGCUGAAAUCGCCGCACGUGACGCCAAGGAUUUCAAAGUCUGCUUUUCGUAUUUUGGCGACAAUGGCUCAACGAAAUUUCCUGAAACUUGGUAAGUUAAAUCUAUAGCCCCCUCAGGAGGACAAUGUACUCCAUCUUUACUGAUUAUGAACUACACGGGACCUAGUAGAUGCCAUCAAAAUCUAUGACGUCACGACGUUUGGUGCGGGUAUUUCAAAGCGGCGCCGCCAGCCGCAUCUCUUUUUUUUAUUCUGCACAUUUUUCUGGCUUACCAAGCGUCUUCUCGCGGCAAGCGUGGUGAUUUUGGCAUCGUGGAAGAGUAAUUAGCUGUUAUGA